AACUGGGUUACCAUUACCUAAUCCUGAACACCUAUCUCUCGCGAGAAUCCGCGAGGUGAUAAGUUAGAGAAACAUGGCGACGCCUAAUUUGUUAAAGAACAAGGGGUCCCUGCAGUUCGAGGACAAGUGGGACCUGAUGCGGCCCAUCGUUCUCAAGCUGCUGAGACAGGAGGCCGUCACCAAGCAGCAGUGGUUCGACUUGUUCUCUGAUGUCCAUGCUGUAUGUCUGUGGGAUGAUAAAGGUCCCGCCAAAAUCCACCAAGCCCUCAAAGAAGAUAUCCUAGACUUUAUCAAACAAGCACAAACCCGUGUGCUGAGCCACCAGGACGACACGGCGCUGCUGAAGGCCUACAUCGUGGAGUGGAGGAAGUUCUUCACCCAGUGCGACAUCCUGCCCAAGCCCUUCUGUCAGCUGGAGAUCACGCUGAUGGGGAAACAAGGCAGCAACAAGAAAACCAACAUGGAGGACAGCAUUGUACGCAAGCUGAUGCUGGACACGUGGAACGAGUCGAUAUUUUCCAACAUCAAGAGUCGCCUGCAGGACAGCGCAAUGAAGCUGGUGCACGCCGAGAGGCUGGGCGAGGCCUUUGACUCCCAGCUCGUUAUAGGUGUACGCGAAUCAUACGUCAACCUGUGCUCCAACCCAGAGGACAAGCUGCAGAUCUACAGGGAUAACUUUGAGAAAGCCUACCUGGACUCCACAGAGAGGUUCUACAGAACACAGGCACCGUCCUACCUGCAACAAAACGGUGUCCAAAACUACAUGAAAUACGCUGAUGCAAAACUCAGAGAAGAGGAGAAGAGAGCGCUUAGAUAUCUAGAGACACGCCGUGAAUGUAAUUCUGUUCAAGCACUUAUGGAAUGUUGUGUUAACGCUUUGGUGACUUCGUUCAAGGAGACCAUCCUCGCUGAAUGUCCAGGAAUGAUUAAACGUAACGAGACAGACAAGCUACACCUCAUGUUUUCACUAAUGGACAAGGUUCCCAGUGGGAUUGAGCCCAUGCUGAAGGACCUAGAAGACCACAUCGUUAAUGCUGGGCUGGCGGACAUGGUGGCUGCCGCUGAGACCAUCACUACGGAUUCUGAGAAGUACGUGGAGCAGCUGCUGACGCUGUUCAACCGCUUCAGUAAACUGGUGAAGGAGGCUUUCCAGGAUGACCCUCGCUUCCUCACAGCGAGAGAUAUGGCUUACAAGGCGGUCGUGAACGACGCAACAAUCUUCAAGUUGGAGCUGCCUCUGAAACAGAAGGGUGCGGGUCUGAAGACUCAGCCGGAGUCAAAGUGCCCGGAGCUGCUGGCCAACUACUGCGACAUGUUGCUGAGGAAAACUCCCCUCAGCAAGAAACUCACCUCUGAAGAAAUCGAGCUCAAGCUCAAAGAAGUGCUCUUGGUGUUGAAGUACGUCCAAAACAAAGACGUGUUCAUGCGGUACCACAAAGCUCACCUGACCAGGCGGCUGAUUCUGGACAUUUCAGCCGACAGCGAGAUUGAAGAGAACAUGGUGGAGUGGCUGAGGGAAGUAGGAAUGCCUGCUGAUUAUGUGAACAAACUGGCCAGGAUGUUUCAGGACAUCAAGGUCUCAGAGGACCUCAAUCAGGUCUUCAAGGAGAUGCAUAAACACAACAAGCUGGCUCUACCAGCGGACAGCGUGAACAUUAAGAUCCUGAAUGCCGGGGCUUGGUCGCGGAGCAGCGAAAAGGUUUUUGUCUCCCUGCCGACGGAGCUGGAGGAUCUCAUCCCUGAGGUGGAGGACUUCUACAAGAGGAAUCACAGCGGCCGUAAGCUCCACUGGCAUCACCUCAUGUCCAACGGCAUUAUCACCUUCAAAAACGAGGUGGGCCAGUACGACCUGGAGGUGACGACGUUCCAGCUCGCCGUGCUGUUCGCCUGGAACCAGCGGCCCAGGGAGAAAAUCAGCUUCGAGAACCUCAAACUGGCCACGGAGCUGCCAGACGCCGAGUUGAGGCGGACGCUUUGGUCUCUGGUUGCUUUUCCUAAACUGAAGAAGCAAGUCCUGUCGUAUGACCCCUCAGUUAGCUCGCCCAAAGACUUUACCGAUGGCACACUCUUCUACGUCAACCAGGAGUUCUCCCUCAUCAAAAACUCCAAAGUUCAGAAGAGGGGAAAGAUCAACUUAAUUGGUCGGCUCCAGCUGACGACGGAGCGAAUGAGAGAGGAGGAGAACGAGGGAAUCGUUCAGCUCCGAAUACUCAGAACUCAGGAGGCUAUCAUCCAAAUCAUGAAGAUGAGGAAGCGCAUCAGCAACGCUCAGCUGCAGACGGAGCUGGUGGAGAUCCUGAAAAACAUGUUUCUGCCUCAGAAGAAGAUGAUAAAGGAGCAGAUCGAGUGGCUCAUCGAACACAAAUAUAUAAAGCGGGACGAAUCGGACAUCAACACCUUCAUCUACAUGGCCUAGGCUCUAAGGGGAAGGAGUGCAUUUCCGCUGUUUUUCUUUUGCCGCCGGCCUGCCGCGGGCGCUUUAUGAUCCUGACGAGGCGUAAAAUAGACGUGUCUGAAAUGAGCGAGAGGCCUGAAGACGGACGAGGGAGGGCGAGGGGACGAGGCUGAGCCUUUUCAACAAAAGUGUGGAUGUUUCUUUUCUGUUUGCGUGACGCCAGCGUGUUAUCGGCGUGUCAUUUAAAGAUGUAGCGUUGAGUCAUCGGGCCGUCUCUGUCUCUGCUGCCCUCUAGUGUCCGACCCGAGGAGACGCCAGGCAGCGUGGGGGCCCCCUGUGCCAGCAGAUGAGAAGAAAAACUAAAUAGUUACACACUAAAGUUAAAUACUUCCUGCCUUACUUUCCUCAGCCGCGAACUGCGGAAAAGACGGGGGGUGAAGCGUGCGGCGGCGGGAGGACAAAUAUAACAAGCUGGUGUCAGUUUAUUGCUUUCUCUUGACGCCUCAGCUGCCAUCUUUGAGGUGUGGGGGGGGGGGGGGGUCUUCUUGCAACCCCUCCCGUUCGCUAUUGCUCUAGUUGAACGCAAAAAAAAAAUUGCAAUUAAAAGUUGCCAACGUGGAGGAGCGGCGGCGGCGAAGGACUAGUUCAGAGUACCGAGGAGUAUUUUUGCCAAAUUGUGUGUGUGUGUGUGGGGGUGUUGCGUGUGUCCGGGUGCAUGACGUGCAUCUAUUCUUUUUACAUGUGUGUAAUCUGUAUGUGCACUUUUAACAGCAUGCUGCUCUAUGAUUUAUAUUUUAUUUUAUGUUCCCGUACGCGGAAAAUCUAUCACACUUUGUGAUUGUGUGCGAGAUGGUGGAGAACCGAGGAUGUGCCACCGUUAUAAAGUCUAUAUUUUGAUUUUUUUUCUCACCAUGCCCUGUGAUUGCAGUUUAAAACAGUUUAAAUUUUUUUUUGUCUUUGCUGAAGGGUUAGCACACUGCGGGUUAUGUAUGUGGUGUGUAAGAACUCAUGCUCUGGACAUUAUGAAAUUAAAUACCAAGGCGGACAAAGUGAAAUUAAUGACCAGGUUACUUUUUUCUUGUGUCAUGACUAUGAGCGGGAAAGAAAACUGUCAUUUCUGGUCCAUAAAUAAGCCGAUAGGUGCAACAAGACAUAGAUGAAGUCCAAGCUCUCCAUCCGUUUGGACACAGUCAUGAGGAAAAAGAAAGUACAUCCUUGUCCAGCGCUACAGUUUUACAUACUGGGACUGUCAAAGCUCUAAAAUCACCUAAAUCUAACAUCAAGUUGCAAAAACAGAUUGAAGAUAUAUUGUUUUUUUUUUUUUUUUGGUAUGCUUUUUUUCUCUCUCUCUCAAAGAUGAAACCAAUAUUUAAAAAAAAAACAAAGUUAGCAAGUACAUCCUUACUGCUCCCACAGGAAAAUGAGGAAAAUAGCAUCUUGGUGCUGAUAAACCAAAUGUUUUGGUUUACCACCACCAGAUGUCGCUGUGGAGCUCUAUGGUUACAAUAAUCAGUGGGACUUCAUCGUUCUUUAUAGAACAAUAUUGUAAAAUAGACAGAUUCCCUCACCAAUAAAAUUCUGGUAUAAACA